UUUUUAAAAUGGAGCAAAUGUCAUUUAAAAAAUUAAAAUCUUUACUGGAGGAGCAUGGCCAACAGCAUCUCCUCAAUUUUUGGAGUGAAAUAUCAGAAGAUGAAAAAAAAGUUUUAGUAAAAGACAUAGCUAAUUUAAAUUUAUCUCAAGUGAUUGCUUGCUUUGAAGAAGCAAUGUCCAUCCACCAGAAUAAAGAAAAAUUACCAGAUGAUAAAAUUAAACCUGUACCUCCAAAUGUGAUGGAAUCAAUUUCCAAUUUGACAUCAGAUAAAAUAUCAUUUUACGAGAAUCUGGGAUUAAGAGAAAUAGCUAAUGGUAAUGUGGCAGUAAUAAUCUUAGCAGGUGGUCAAGGAACUCGUCUUGGUGUUAAUUACCCCAAAGGGAUGUACAACAUCAAUUUACCAUCAAACCGAUCACUUUUUCAUAUCCAGGUCUUGCGAAUAAGACGCCUACAUGACAUGGCCAGAGAAAAAUUUGGAGAAUGUAAGGAUUUAACUUUGUACAUAAUGACAAGUGAUGCCACUCAUGAAUCGACUUUAAGGUAUUUUGAGAAAAAUGAUCACUUUGGCAUUGACAAGAGUAAGAUUGUUAUAUUCAAGCAAAAUACUUUUCCCUGUUUCACAUUUGAUGGAAAAAUAAUUCUUGAUGAGAAAUAUAAAAUAUCUAGAGCUCCUGAUGGCAAUGGUGGUUUGUAUGAAGCUUUAAAAGACAAAGGAAUGUUAAAAGACAUGGAUGAACGUGGCAUACAGAGCAUACAUGUGUUUUCUGUAGAUAACGUCCUAGUAAAAGUAGCAGACCCGGUAUUUUUAGGAUAUUGUAUUGCACGUUCUGCUGAUUGCGGAGUUAAGGUGGUAGAUAAACGCUCAUCCAAUGAAGCUGUUGGAGUUGUGUGCCAGGUAGAUGGAUUAUUCAAGGUUGUAGAAUACAGCGAAAUAUCAAAUGCUACAGCAGAACUCGAAGAUGAAAAUGGUUUGGUAUUUAAUGCCGGCAACAUAUGUAACCAUUACUUCACGGCGACGUUUUUAAAUGAAAUUUCAGAAAAACAUAACAACAAGGUAGAUUUGCACAUAGCAAAAAAAAAAAUACCGUUUGUAAAUGAAAAUGGCACAAAGUGUCAGCCAAGCGUUGCAAACGGCGUUAAAAUUGAGAAGUUUGUAUUUGAUGUCUUUAAAUAUUCACAAAAUUUUGUGGUAUGGAAAGUUUUGAGGGAAAACGAGUUCAGUCCAUUGAAAAAUUCUGACUUGGACGAAAUAGAUUGUCCUCUUACAGCGAAAAGAGACAUUUUAAAUCUUCAUGAAAAAUGGCUGGUAGACGCAGGUGCUACCAACGUUGACGGUGACGUUGAAAUUUGUCCAUUAUUGUCGUACAGUGGAGAAAAUUUGGCACACAUAGCAAAAGACAAUUGUUUCAAGGGACCCUUGUGUUUAAUGUAAAUACACGCAAUAAUUUCUUACCGAUAUUUGUUUAAUAAGCGGAGAAAAAUUAUCACAUAAAGUGAAUGAAAAAUACUCUUAGGUAGACUGAAAAUUAAAAAAAAAAAAUGUCACCAUAGCCAUAUUGUACUGAUA